AUGGACAACGUCUUCGUUCUUCCCGGCCCUGCCACAGCCGCCUCCGCUGACGCCUGCCUUCCCUUCUGGCAACGUUGGCUUUCUUCCCUCUGGCGUUAUGCCAGAGACCUCUUCUACGGAAUCUCGGCUUGGAUUCCUAUUCUUCUGAUUAUCGACCUGGUGGCCUCUUCCUGGUUGGUUUUAGAGUUCCUCGUUAGCGAUAUCCUUAUGCUUAGCUUUAAGCAAAAUGGUUUCUUAACGGCUCCGAGCUUGUAUUACCGUGCGGUUGCCCUGGCCCUUCUUGGGUACCGGAGUUUCCGGAUUCUAAACUCCGGGUACUGUCCGCCUUCGGGCGCGAUCUUUGGCAUGAAGAACUCGGUACAGUCCGUCACCUCCCCCGCCACCGCCGCCUCCUUCGUCCGCCGGGGACUCCGUCCCAACGCCUGUACGGAGUGUGUUCCGGAGGGAACCACUCUCGGGGACAACGGCCAAAACCGGCUGGACCGCAUGUACCAUGGGAUGACCAGAGGAGGGAGAAACCUGGGCUGCUUGCCCGUCUUCGAUCACUACUGCUGGUGGCUCUGGGUGCCAGUUUGCCUAACCACGAUCAAGUCCUACCUUCUCUUCAUGGUGUACAUUUGUAUGUUUCAUGCUUUGACGCUUGGGAUACUGACGUGGUCACUUAUUUCCUACUCCUGGAGCUGGCCUGGCUUUCUUUAUGCCAUUCUUGUUGCUGCUUUUCCUGCGAUGCUCAACUGGGUGGAGAAGGCACCACUCACUGGCCAGUGGAAGCACCUAGGAAUGAUGAACAGCACGAACCGGGAAUGGCUCCUGUUUGUCAAGUCAAGGGGCCGCACGCCACGAUCAGAAUGGCCAAUGUACAUCCGUGUUGAAGACGGCAGUUUCCAGUAUUAUACGGCAACCUACAAUCCUUGGGAUCUCGGAACGAUGGGCAACCUUCGAGAAGCCUUGGGCGACCACUUGUGGCAAUGGCCCUUCCCUUGGGUUGUCCCUCGCCGGGUGCGAGAAUAUGGUAUGAACGAAGACGCAGACCUGACCUUCUCGUCUCGGUGGAUCGAAGAAGUGCAGGUGAAUAGUACCAUUCCGCAAGGAAUUGAGCUUCGAGAGCUGCCCCGUGCGCUUCGCAAUCGCCAUCAGUUCUCGUCGACAGAUCAGUAG